GGGACCAGGAGCGAGUCGGACUUGGUGUUCAGACUGCGCUACACGACAGGACCAGGUCCGUCCCGGUACUGUGGACGGUUCCGUUCGGCUGGUUCUGACCCGGAGAAGCCGCCUGAGAGCUGAGUGUUGAUCUGGGCCCGGCCGAGACCUCGGACCCGGUCCAGUCUAUGAGGGAUCGGGGACACAUCGUUGCAGUCCGUCUGGACUCGGUUCCGACGACUGGAUCCGGAUUGGCGCGAGCCCUGCAUCAGUACCAUGACUGAGCCUGGACCCAGGUUGCUCCCCACAUAGAGGUCACGUCACCUCUGCUGAACGUCGGGUCCAGAGAAUGCUGGGAAUGUGUCGCGGACGCAGGAAGUUCCUGGUGGCCUCCCUCGCCCUGGUCUUUGUCCCGGCACUCACUUGGCUUUAUCUGUCAGUUGGGAGUUUUCAAGUCAAGCCCCUCCCCCUCUCGCCAUUGGAAACGCAGCCUUCCCUGGCAGGUGGUGGAGGUGGGGAGCGCCAAGCGUUAGAGCUGCGGGUUCGGGCGGUGGAGGAGGAGAACCGGGCUCUGCGCCGAGAGCUCAGCCGGCCACCCAAGAGCCCGGUGGUACGCCUUCCCGGUAGUGGUCACCAUGGCAACCAAAGCCGAACUCAUUCAGAGGAGGGCACUGGAGACAACGAAGUCCAAAAAGCCCCAGCAGUGGGAAAUGUGUCCGAGUGUGUGCAGCAGCCAGCGGUGGAUAAGUGUGAGACUAUCCAUGUAGCCAUCGUGUGUGCCGGAUACAAUGCCAGCCGGGAUGUGGUGACGCUGGUUAAAUCCGUCCUCUUCCACAGGAGGAACCCUCUGCACUUCCAUUUCAUCACUGACUCCAUCGCGCAGCAGAUCCUGGCCUCGCUCUUCCACACUUGGAUGGUUCCCGCAGUCCGGGUCAACUUCUACGACGCAGAUGAACUGAAGUCGGAGGUGUCGUGGAUUCCCAACAAGCAUUACUCUGGAAUCUACGGCCUGAUGAAGCUGGUGCUCACCAAGACGCUGCCGGCUGACCUGCACAGAGUCAUCGUUCUGGACACUGACAUCACCUUCGCCACUGACAUCGCCGAACUCUGGGCUGUUUUCCACAAGUUCAAAGGUCAGCAGGUUCUGGGUCUGGUGGAGAACCAGAGUGACUGGUACUUGGGGAACCUGUGGAAGAACCAUCGCCCCUGGCCAGCGCUGGGGCGAGGCUUCAACACUGGGGUGAUUCUGCUUCUCCUCGAUCGUCUGCGGAAGCUGCGAUGGGAGCAGAUGUGGAGGUUGACUGCAGAGCGAGAACUAAUGAGCAUGCUGUCAACGUCCCUGGCUGACCAGGACAUCUUCAACGCUGUGAUCAAACAGAAUCCCUUCCUGGUUCACCAGCUGCCGUGUUUCUGGAAUGUCCAGCUGUCGGACCACACGCGCUCUGAGAAGUGCUACAGAGACGUGUCCGACCUGAAGGUCAUCCACUGGAACUCUCCAAAGAAGCUGCGAGUGAAGAACAAACACGUAGAGUUUUUCCGGAACCUCUAUCUGACCUUUCUGGAGUACGACGGUAACCUGCUGCGCCGUGAGCUGUUUGGCUGUCCCAGCGAACCCGACCACAUCAGUGAGAACCUCCAGAAGACUCUGUCUGAGCUGGACGAAGAUGAUCCGUGCUAUGAGUUCCACAGAGAGCGUUUCACUGUCCAUCGGACCCACCUGUAUUUCCUGCAUUAUGAGUAUGAACCCAGCUCUGACAACACAGACGUGACCCUAGUGGCCCAGCUCUCCAUGGACAGGCUCCAGAUGUUGGAGGCCAUUUGUAAGCACUGGGAGGGGCCCAUCAGCUUGGCCCUGUACCUGUCCGAUGCCGAGGCCCAGCAGUUCCUGCGCUACGCUCAGGGCUCUGAGGUGCUGAUGAGUCGAGGGAACGUCGGCUAUCACAUUGUUUACAAAGAGGGCCAGUUCUACCCGGUUAACCUGCUGAGAAACGUGGCCAUGAGGCAGGUCAGCACGCCGUACAUGUUCCUGUCAGACAUCGACUUCCUGCCUAUGUACGGCCUUUACGAGUACCUCAGGAAGUCUGUGGUGCAGCUGGACAUGGCCAACAGCAAGAAGGCACUGGUGGUUCCAGCCUUUGAGACGCUGCGCUAUCGCCUCUCCUACCCCAAAUCUAAAGCGGAGCUGCUGUCUCAGCUGGACAUGGGGACCCUGUUCACCUUCAGGUACCAUGUCUGGACCAAAGGUCACGCACCAACUAACUUUGCCAAGUGGAGGACAGCCACCACGCCCUACCGGGUCCAGUGGGAAGCUGACUUCGAACCCUAUGUCAUGGUGAGGAGGGACAGUCCAGAGUAUGACCGCCGUUUUGUGGGCUUCGGCUGGAACAAGGUGGCUCACAUCAUGGAGCUGGAUGCACAGGUAAUAGAUCUGAUCCUCUUCCACGCCUGCUGA